UCCUGGAGACCAUGAAGGCCAUACAGGGGGCACUGAUAGUGUCCUCAAGCAUUCAGAUCAUUCUGGGCUACAGCCAGCUGUGGGGUAUUUUCUCCAGAUUCUUCAGCCCAGUGGGGAUGACUCCAGUUGUUGCGCUGCUCGCAUUUGGCCUCUUCGAAAGAGGUUUCCCUGUGGUUGGGAGAUGCGUUGAGAUUGGCCUGCCAAUGCUGAUCCUCUUUGUCGUGCUGUCUCAGUAUCUGAAGAACAAUCCGUCUUUUUUAUUGCUUAUGGCGUUGUGCAUUAUACAUGUCCACCAAUUAUAUACAAAUACCAUUUGAGGGUUACCUCUGGUGUGUUUAGGUAUUCCUCAGAUUCCUGACAUUUUUUUCUGUCUUUAAAUGUCAUAUCACUAUUAAAAAAUUGAUUUUUGUUGUCUAAAAUACCACAACUACUUUUCUAGGUGCGAGCUACAAUCAAAGUUAAGGCAUUAGUCAUCAUUUGCUUCACCUCUUCUGGACAGGCUGCAAGGUAUAUACUACAU